AUGAAAGUGACUAUUAAAAGUUGGACUGGCGUAGCUACUUGGAGAUGGAUAGCUAACGACGAUAACUGUGGCAUUUGUCGUAUGCCUUUCGAUAGUUGCUGUCCGGACUGCAAAUUGCCUGGUGACGAGUGUCCAUUGGUCUGGGGAGCGUGUUCCCAUUGCUUCCACAUACAUUGUAUAGUGAAGUGGCUACACUCACAACCUCAACAGCAGUGUCCUAUGUGCAGACAGGAUUGGAAGUUUAACAACAAGUGA